AUGGCGAAUGCGUCCGCAAUGCACUGUGUGCCGUCGCGGCGCUUGGCGUCGGCGCUGCACCGAUGCUGUGGUGGGGGGAAACGACGGCGCGGCGUCGCUCCUCAUGCCACCAGAGCUGGCGCAGCCGGCGUUCUCUCAAACGUGUCUGCCAGUGUAGACACUCCGACUAGACGCGGUGCGUUCUGCGGUUCUAUCGGACACCACCGGACACGGACACCCGCGACUCACGACAUCCACCACAUCGCGCCAUAUUGCCCGCCGACACCGUCUCAAAACUUUCUGCACCCCGCGACAGUUCCCUUGGAUGACAUGCGACAGUGCCGAUCAGAGUGGAGUGCUGCUGGACAUCAUCAAUUGCUGCACUGCAAUCUACCACGACUACACCCGCACCCGUUGAGUAUAGUGCGUCAAAAACGCAUUGCAUAA